GUACAUUGUGGACAGUGAGAAAGUCUUGAGACAUAUAUCCUGGCCUUAUUCAUUCAUUCAUUCUGAAGCUUCAUUACAUGAGUGCUGUCAACAGCUGGAAUUGGCGGAGAUAUUUGCAUGCGAAAUUUUUGACUGCAAUAUGAAAUAAUGUGAAACUGUGGGCAUCAGCCACGUAUACAUAAGGUCUUUAAAUUUCCUUCAUUUCCGGGAUGGCUCUGUGCUUAUAUGUUGACUUGUUCCCUUGUCGAGCUCUGUUCAAAAGUUAAAUUUCCUAAAAUAAAAAGCAACUGCACUGUAUUGUCAUUUAUAAGUAUUUUAAUUUUUAUAAAAUUAUUUUUCGUAUACUAAUUGUAAAGCUAUAAAAAUCCUACACAUUUAUUGUCAUGAAGCUUCUGGGAGUGUGCACAAUCGGCGUUUUCGCGGCCACCACAUAUGCCAGACUUCAAGUCACUUUACCAAAUAGCCACACCGAGUGGGAGGCGGGCGCGCCAGGCACAAUCAAGUGGAAGCCCAUCGGCAAUGGUAUCAAGGGCCGUCUUUCUAUUGAGCUAAUGGAGGGUUCCGAUCCGGGAAACAUGGACGUGGUGACGACGAUCGCCGAGAACAUUCCCGCCGGUGGCAUGGAAGCGCGUUGGAAUGUGCCCAAGAAUUUCAAGAACAGCAACAACUAUUCGAUUAAGAUCGUCGAUGAGGACGGUGAGGAGUACUACGGCCAGUAUUUUAAGGGCGUCGGCGGCAGAACUGAGGUCGGGAAGAAGCCCGCAAAUAAUGGACCCCCCCAGGCCGGCAACAAGGAACAGCAACAGGGAAGAAAUGAUCCGAGGAACAGUGGAAACCCCACGGGCGAUGAUCACUCAGGUAACGGCAACAGAAAGCAGCAGCAGCAGCCGCAACAAGCGCAGACGCAGCAGCCGCACAACUCCAGGAAUAACAUGGCGAUGAAGGGCGGCAAUAGCUCAGGAGAGAGCAAAGACGCCUUUGUCAGUGGCCAGGCGCGCUCCGUCUCCUUCUCAGGCAGCACAGCUGUAGUUGCGUGCGCAGUGGCUGCGGCGGCCGGCGUGCUUGCCAUUUGUUAAAAAUUUAUAACAUUG